UUUUUUUUUUUUUUCCUGCCCUUCUGUCGUCUCGCGAUAGAGCAGCGGAGCGGCUUGACGGGCAGUCGAGGUUGCAGCAGGCAGAGGGAGACGGUGGAAGGUAACGCAGGGAGGCAGCAUCAUGGCGGACAGAGACAGUGGCAGUGACCACGGAGGGCCCAUCGCAGGCCCCGGCUCGCUGCCCCCGGGCGCGAUGGGCGCCAUGUCUCGGCUGCAGCACGACACCGAGGAGCUCGCCUCCAAGCGCGUCGACAUCCAGAACAAGCGCUUCUACCUUGACGUGAAGCAGAAUGUUAAAGGCCGCUUCCUAAAGAUAGCCGAGGUCGGCGCUGGGGGGAACAAGAGCCGCCUGACGCUCUCCAUGUCCGUGGCCGUGGAGUUCCGCGACUACCUGGGGGACUUUAUCGAACAUUACGCCCAGCUGGGCCCGACGAACCCGGACAUGGUGCAGGAUGAGCCGCGGCGGGCGCUGAAGAGCGAAUUCCUGGUGCGGGAGAAUCGGAAAUAUUACAUGGAUCUGAAAGAGAACCAGAGGGGGCGGUUCCUGAGGAUCCGGCAGACCGUUAAUCGGGGCCCCGGAUUGGGAAGUGCGCAAGGCCAGACCAUCGCUCUGCCGGCGCAGGGUCUCAUCGAGUUCCGCGACGCUCUGGCCAAACUCAUCGACGACUACGGCGUGGACGAGGAGCCGGCGGAGCUCCCGGAGGGCACCUCGCUCACGGUCGACAACAAGCGCUUCUUCUUCGACGUGGGCUCCAACAAGUACGGCGUGUUCAUGCGGGUGAGCGAGGUGAAGCCCACGUACCGGAACUCCAUUACGGUGCCCUGCAAAGUGUGGUCCAAAUUCGGCAACACCUUCUGCAAGUACGCGGAGGAGAUGCGGAAGAUCCAGGAGCGGAGUCGAGAGAAGCGGGCCUCCGAACUGCUGCCCGAGGGCCCGCACGGCGCGGACGACUGCGACGACGACUGACUGAGGGUGUUAGAGAGGAGCCGAGGUGAACCAAGCAAAGUCGAAAUCCGAACUGUGUGAGAGAAAGAGAAAGAGAGGGGGGCGGGAGGGGGGGGAACACACACACACACACACACACACACACACACACACACACACACACACACACACACACACACACACACACACACACGAGACUUUUAACUGUAUAAUAGAUCGAGAUUUUCCAAGGGAAUCACCCCACACACACACAACCUCCACAGACAUGGCAGCAGCUCCGCUGCCUCCUCGCUCAUUUGACUGGAUGUCACCCCACUUACCACCCAUGUAACAGUAAGCCGCUGCUAUCAAGGAUCGAACUGUAAGAUAUGAACUGUUUCCUACUUGACUUAAGCGACAAUGAACAGAGUGUUUAUAGUCUAUCGCUAUCGAUGAUCGAUUUUGCACACGUCAAAAGCUAUUUCGAAAAGUAAAAUGUUUUCAAACUGCGAUAUAUAUAUAUAGGCUAUGCUAAGAUUUAAUCAAAGUUUAAAAAGAAGAAGAAGAAGAAACCACAGAGGUCUAUUAUAUGAAUCGACAGUCUUCAUGUUGAAUUAAUAUUUGACAUCAGCACAAAGAGAAUAUAAUGUAUUAUGAUUUUAUGAAACCAAAAUCAGAAACCAGAAGAUGUAAAGUUUACUUAUAUGAAGAAAAAAAAAAGGUACGCAGAAUAAAUAUAUAUAAAAAAAGCACUCUUAUUGAAUAAGAAGCACCACAGGCUUGUAAACACCUGUCAGCAUGUGUGUAGGCUCAUGCUUUGUAAAGAAGUUGGUGGAGUAGAUGAUGAUUUGACCGGACGCAUGGUCAGCUAACGACAGUAUUUCUAUCAUGCAAUCCUGGAAAAGGUUUGAGACAGAAUUAAAAAGCCCAUUUGGUGGGUUGGGGGUUUGGUUUGGGUUGGGGUUCAGGGGUUUGUGUUUGUUUUUUGGGGUUUGGGGUUUCGGGGGCUCAAGCAAACGGGAUAACGCUGAGCUUCUCUAUCAAAUAUCAACUCUCUUGCACCAUGUCCAUGUAAACCUAAAGGAGAAAAGUGCUAACUUAGAUGUACUAAUUAUGAUUUUGUGAAUCAGCUGUAAAAAAGAAAUCCUUAUUAAGAUACCCACGUUUUCAGUGGGUAGCGUUUUUCUUUUUCUUCUUCUUCUCUUAUUUGUUACUUUGUCGCUCUUUCCUCUGGAUGGGGUAGGGGAGGGGGAUGCAAAAAAAACAAAAAAAAAGGUUAAAAGGUCCAGUUGUGGGGGCGCAAGACGCAGAAAACAAAAAAAUAACAAACAAGAAAAAAAAAAAAGAAAGAAAGUGAGACGCGUCAGCGCGCGGCGAGGCAACAGCAUCCUCUCUGACGUCAUUACGACCCGUGCCUUAUACACUCCACUCGUUUACGUGUUCUCACAUGGAUGGUCCGUGACCUCGACCGUUGUAUGUUUUUAUUUACGAGUGUUGUUGACAGUAGGCAGAGAUAUAUAUAUAUAUAUAUCUACAUAUAUAUCCUACUCACCGGCUGGGGAGGCUGCAGGUUGCUCGCCCCUGCGGUGCAUGGAGCACGGCAAUCCCAAAAGUCAGCUGAGAGGGACAUGAGGGAUGGACUGAUGCGGUGGUGGGCGGUUGGAAAGGGCUGGGGCCAAUGAAAUUUGAUGGGGUGCUCACUGUAUUAUGCCAGCAGGGAGCUCAGGAAACCCCUUGCUACACCCCUAGUGGUGUGGCAUCUCAUAGACGUAGGAGAAAGACCCAAGAGAUGGCUUUGCUAACUAUACAUACCAUACAAAAAAAUGAAUAAAGGAUGACGAGAGCAGAUAGGAGCUGAGAGGUUUGCCCCCUGCAGAGAGUGUAAAUGCAGUCCAGAGGAUGCAGAGGCCUAUCAGCGGGGGGCCCAGGCAGUAUCUAUCUUUUCAUGGUGCUACAGCCCUUGACGGGGUCCUCGGGACCCCUCGCCACUCAUAACAUGUCACUUUUGCAUAAUUUGUUUUAUUUUUUUCUUCUGUCUUCAGACUUCAUGUCUCCACGUAUACAUUGUCCAAAAAUGUCUCGGGUUUCUCCUUCCCAGCAAGAGAAGAAGCCGCCCGGCUGAUGUGGGACGUUUCAUAUUAGUGUGCAAUAUCGUGUACGUGCCAAUGGUGGCAUUGUAUCAAGUGUACAGACUAUUAAAAGAGGAAGAAAAAAAAAAAGAAAGAAGAAGAUGUACAGGCUGUGUGAUGGGUAGAUGUUCGAAAGCACGAAGGUAGAGGUCGAUGCUUCUGCGUUAUAUUUUCCAAAUGUGAAGACUGCUCAAACUGACAAAACGUCGUAGUAAGGUCUCGUUUUCCCUUCCCGUUCUGUAAAACCGGUAGGCUGCCUUGUCUGGGUUUUAUUUUUGGUGCGCAUACACUAGUUUAGUGUUUUUAUGUAUUCUCCACCAAUGAGAUCGCCCCCUCCUCACUCCUCUUCGAAUGCACACAAUGCAGACACACAACCGCCCCUAAUCCGUGUCAAUGUUGGACCCCGAUCCCCUCCGCGUUGGUCUCCGCUGGACUUCUGCAGCUUCUUGAAGGCAGUGGUCCAGAGGAGGCUGACAACACACAUCCAGCCUCCCCCUGCUGAGGCCUCCUGUUGCUCUCUGAGUGUUUGGGAGGUCUCUAAAGUAUGUUGAAUGGUGUCUCGAACUGCCUCUUGUCACUAGCAGCCAGGAGGGCUGUGUGUUUGGAGUGAGAGAUUGUUGGGAACGGUCGAUUCAAUUUGGCUUUUAUUUUAUUAUUGGAUGCACUUUUGCUAGCGGACCAGCUAAAGCAUGGAGGGAGGGAGUUUCCAGUCGUUUCCAGUCGUUUGUGCGCUGAGGGUCAGAGCGUGUCCGCCGGACGUGGCUUUCAGAUUCUCCUACCCAGGUCCGGUCUCUUUGUGCUGCGACCGACUUAAUAACUUAAAAUUGAACGCUUCGAUCACAAUCAGGUUUAUGCAAAGCCAGUUGGCACAGAGCGGCUAACUCAGCUGAUCCCGUCACAUGGCUGCGGCGCAGACAUGACACAGACAGGCCAGAGUAAAAAAGCGUCGGCUGCAGGACGGGUCCGCUUAGAUUUUCGUUUUAAAAAGGCGGAGUUGUGCUUGAUUCAUCACCCUUCCGGCAUUCGAGAGAGACACUUCUGAUAACGCCACCUGUUUCAUGUAAAGACAUUUUGUUUGAUGGAGAGAGAGACGGUGAAAGGCCCGACGAAGCCUGGCACUGCCCUGCUUUGGGCUGACCAGCAGCUGCCUCACAGAUCCUAGCAGGACCUUUUUCUCUCACCCCGGCUUGUGAAUGAGGAAAAAAAUGAAUAAAACGCCGGUAUUUAUUGAACGUGAGCCACCAAUGACUGUGUGCCCGACAAAGCACAUCUGAGGUCAGUCUGAGUUCAUCUCGAGGGUCAAGACUCUCUGUUGUGUGGCAGCACUCGUCCUCCAAAGUGCUCUCUCCUGAGUUUGAUUAAAUUUAGUUGUCCCCAAGGUUCACGCAACACACUGAUGACCCAUAACCCCCCUGGACUCCCGGCAGCCAUUAAUGAGAGGCCGAACCUGCUCAGACUUUAUGAAACUUGCACUUUUUUCCCCCGACACGUACGCCGUACGGGCCAGCGCCGCGGGGGGCCGUUGUGUUUUUGGUGUCGAGCGGUCCUGUUGUGAAACGUGACUCGGCCCCCUUUUUUUGGGUCGCGGCUCUGUCUCAGAUUACGUGGCAAAAAGGAGGCGGAGGGGGACGCACGUGGGAUUUUUUUUUUCUUUUUUUUCUGCUGAUCGACUCUGGUCUCUUAUUUCACGGGAGAUCACACAGUCUCAAAGCGGAAAAAAACAAAACCCCAGAGUGACCUUGCAGCCAUGUUGUUGCCCAGACUAGAGGGUUUUUUCUGGGGAUGCAAAAUGGUAGGCCGGCGUUUCAUGUGCUGCUGUUUUUGAGUGUUAGUGGCCAGGCCCUGCGCUGAAGUGUGUGCUGAAGCUGUUAGCAUUGAUGAGGAUGAUGGGUUGAUUAAUUAUACUCCAGGCGGCAUCGUUUCCCGGCCUUUUCGUGUUUAUCGACCGCAGCGUCUCUGUGUUGAAUGAGCUUUUUAUUUUCUCAAAACAUGCAAUGCUUGUAGAGCAAAAACAGGAAAAGUGAAGGACCGGCCUCCCGCUGGCUGUCGUUAAGAUUGCAAAGUUGACUCCAGCUUUCGGUGCGCGUUGUCUGCGUCCGAACAGAACACCUCACAAGUAGGCAGGGGCCGGCUGACGGGUCCAAAAACUCGAGGUUUCCAACCCGGAACAUUUUCCAGCUGCUAUUGUUUUGAUGUUUGAAAAACGAUGCUAGAGAAAGUACCAGAGUGAAUGUCUUUUGCUCUGUGGCGCUCCCCUCCCCCCACCCACACCUGUUGCUGUGCACUGUCAGUUAGAUGGCUGAAAAAAAACCCAGCAGAACCAAUUCAGCUCAUUUAAACAACCUCAUCUAAUGAGGCGCCGCAAAGAAAUCUCAAUACAAAAAAAGCUCAAAUAUUCUGAGCAGUAAGCUCUACUUUUAUUUCUUAUUAAGUCUUUCUAAUAGAAUCAAAAUACCAGAGGAUGGGAGAGUACCAAAGAUAUGUGCUUCAGUAAGAGUAGCACUACUUUAAUGUAUUUUUACUAGAGUAAAAAGUAUCCAAUCAAGAAAUUAGUCCGGUUAAAAAAUACUAAAAUACUGAGUAACUGUUCAAAUUAUCAAUCAUUUGAUAUUUAAAAAUUACAUCACCAGAUGGACCGAAUAUAAAGUUAUGUGAAUUUUUUUUACCAGACCAAACUGAAAAUAAUUCACAUCAAUAACAUAAUUAUAAAAUAACAUAAAAUAAAAUCAGGCAAAACAAACAUUUUUCCAAACAAAAUUCUUUCAAUUGAAAACUCAUGAAACUUUAACAAGAACCGCCGGUGUGUGUGUGUCUGAGUGGCAAAUUAUUUUGGGGGGGGUAAAAAUUUUUGUUUUUUAUUGAGCUGGUGGAGAAUCCAGAAAUUUUACUCAAGUAAAAGUAACUAUACUUUGUAGAAAAGUCACCGGGGUAUAAAUAAAAAGUGCAGCAUGUUAAGAAUAUUCCUAAAAUUGAUUCCUAAAAU